GGCAACCUUCCGAUUACAAGGCGAACUCCCAACUCUUGAGCCACGAUCGCCCAAAUUAGGAAUACCUUUGGUUAUGCACGCUUUUGCCAGACAUACAGCUUCCUCUACCACAGCCCCGAACUUCAAACAUGUAUCGAGCAAUGUCAACAUUCUCAACUCCUUGGUCUCCCCUCACUCUAGAAAUAUGAAAAACAAAGGAUACAGAAAUUACACAGUAUAAAAUUUUAACAAUAUUUUAAAGUUAAUCAUUUAAAGAAAAAUGUUAAUGUUUUACAUUCAACUGUUUGAGCGCUUAUGCAGAGCUAUAUUUGUAAAUAUUUUCCCCAAAAGUACAAUGCACAACUAGCAAUGUUAACUUGCAAAGUCAGUGAAAUGGUUGUUCUGUCACAGUCUGGUUGAGCAGCUGGCUGUGUGAAGUAUGAAUAGUGGACCUAAGUGCAGACAAAAAGGGAAUGUGGAACAAAACUUGAAUGUUAACAGAAAGCAAGCCGUUUAUUAAGGCUGGUAAAAACUAUACAAAACAAAAGGGAGAGGAGCUAAAGUGGGGAGACUAAAGAUAAACAUAAAAACCAAAACAUGAAACUCGACGUGGAGACAAAAAUACCUGAAACCUGGAGCGUAGGAGCAGAGACGAUGCACAGUAAAAAAUGGAGUGUCAAUAUUUCAAUGUAAACCUAUUUUAACCUAGAGAGAGUAUUUACAACUCUGUGAGGAGUAAACCAGCUCUAACAUCAGAGUUAAAAGUCAGUGUAAAGUUCUAUAGACACGGAAUGAAGACUUAACUCCACACAGUGUUGAUUAGUACCAGUCCGCAGGCGUGCGCGGUCUCAGAGCUGUGUGACACACGGAAUUUUCUCCAAAGAGCUGCCACAGUCAGGUAAGUUAAGUUAACAUUCCCAUACUGGUAACAUUGUUUAAUAAGUAUUUUUAAACUAAACAGCUCUUUAUAGUUACACUGAUGUCGAGUGAGGACAUGUUAGCAGCAUUUACCCAUAGGUUUAAUGAUAUUGUCGGGUAGCUACAUGCUAACAGUUGCUAAAAGUUCAAGUGUUCGUUAUCUUCUCACUGAGUUAAGAUGAACCUAAAACAUGUUAACUAUGUAUUUCUUCUAAGUGCAGCUUAGAUAAUAUUAUUGUCACAUGUCUAAUGGGAUCGUUUUAACAACUAAAUUACCGUUUAUUAGUAAGCUAAUAAUGGCUACUUAGCUUCGAACGAACUAUCAGAAAAAGUGGGUAACACUACCAUAAAGUUUACUCUACUGAUUUAUAUUCUUUUAAGCACAUGCCAAAGGCAUACACUAAUUUAGAAUUAAUUUAGAGUAUUUUGUAUAAAUUAACUGACAGCAAUGUUAAUGAUAUGUUAAUAUACAUUAAUGGUAAAUGGCCUGUAUUUAUAUAGCGCUUUACUAGUCCCUAAGGACCCCAAAGCGCUUUACAUAUCCAGACAUCCACUAAUUAAUUGUUCACAGAAAUAAAGCGAAUUUGCAGUAAGAGCGACCAAUACUUGAUAAGUAGACUAAAGUUAUUAAACAAUAUUAGAUGUUAGUCACACUUGGUCCAUUUGCAGUAACACUGGUUGAUAAAGGAUCUUUAUUAGCAGUUAAUCUGUCACUUAUUUCUUCAUACUGUAGCUGCUAAGUAAUAUUAACUUUUAACUGCUUCUAUUUUGUAUAAAAACUAAAGCUCUAAAGUACAUCCACAGUCUUAAACUCUUUCCUUUAUUAUUUUUUUCCUCUUUGUUUCGUUAACAGAAUAUGUUGCUGCGUGUUUUGUUUGGUGGGGAGCAGAAGUAUGUUAGGCUGUCUGACCUGACAUUUGAUGCUUUCAUGAAAGAAGUGUGCCUAAAAUUUAACAUACCAGAAGGCAGACAGCUAGAUAUGAAGGUGUUUGACCAGUCUGACACAGAAGUAGACGCAGAGGUGUUUGAAGAAAUAGUGAAGGGGUCACCUGGAACCUUCCGAGUCAUGCUGAGCAAUGAAGAACUUGGUGCAUCUCUAUCAUCAUCAUCUUCUCCAUCUGAUGAUACAAUCGUUCUAAACUUCACAAUGUGUGACCCUCCAGAAGAAGCAGCCACCACUGAAGGAAGACAACCUAAAAGGCCAUGCCAUAUAAACUAUGAGGCAAACGCUUUGAUUGAAAAAAUCCUAACAACAAAGCCUGGUGGUGAACACAUCAUACAAGAGUAUGCAAAAACCAAAUCUCUGACAGAUGCAACCAGAAGACAGAUGAUAAACAUACUUGCUGCUGAGAUGACAGAAACACAUGGGACAUCUCCCCCUAAAAGUGUAAGAGUGACGUAUGCGCAGGGGAUUGUUGCUCUGUUUCCAUAUCUGGAAGACCCAUAUUCACAACAUGGAUAUGAACAUUACUAUGAUCCAGAGAGCGGUUCAGGAUACCUUGCGUGGCGGUUGAAGACCAUUCAAAGAAAAGCUGCAGAGGAAAGAAGUGUCUCAGUUUCCAAAUCUCCUAAAAUUGGCGGGCCAGGCCGUGGUCGAUCCAGACCACUCACCACUGAGACAGUGUUAUCAGAUGAGGAUGUAAAAGCAGCUAUUGCUCUUUUGAGACACUCUGCGGAUGAAGAAACUAUCUGUGAAAAGAUGAAAGCUACCUUCAUUUAUCGGCAUUCAAUGGUCAGCGAUGAUAAGAAUGCAGCAGAUGUCUUCAUAGUCUUCCCGCGGUUUCUGGACACACCAGGACUGAUAGAACAAGAUUUCAGACUCCUGUUUGAUGAGGUCACUGCCAACAAAUUCUUGGAGAGAUGGCCCAUCGAUCUCAAAUCAAAGAUUUUAAAGGAAAGUCAUGGACUUGUCUCCACCUCAGAGCUCUUGGAGUUGAUGUGCAAUGCUGAGUCAGCUACUGAAGUUGAGAAUGGCUGGGACAGUGACAUGUCUGCUAUCUUGCUGCUGCUACAUCUGCUACCACCAUCUGCACAAGGGCGAAAGAGACCAGGAAAGAUGUCUGCACCUCAAGCUGUCGAUGACCUCAUCAAAUUCCUAAAGGCUGGAACCAGUGUACAGCAGCAUCUAGACAACAUCACCCGAAGCAGUCAGCCCUACCUUCUUGCUCAGGGACCCACAAGAAGCAGCAUUCACACCUUCUUCAUUGUGAUUGACAAGCAUGCACUUCCAUGUAAAGUGACAGGUUCAGUAGGAGCCCUUGAUGAACUCUUUAAGGCCCAUUAUGUCUUUGAUACGUCAUACAGUUCAUCCCUGACCAACUUUUUCACUUUUCUGCAAACAACCAUUUACAACAUUGAUGUUGAAAGGAAACUCCCAGAGUUGCACAGUUGCGAGCAAGAAUGGUGCGUUAGUAUCCAUUGAGAU